AUGGCUCAGUGCAGUGUGGACAUGAGAUCCCUGUACCAGCGGCUGCGGGAGUACGAGCUGCUGGACAAGAAGAAGACGGUGACGGCUCUGCGGGCCGGGGAGGACCGGGCCAUCCUGCUCGGACUCAGCAUGAUGUUCUUCUCUGUCAUGACCUACUUUGUCAUGGGCAUCACUGUCAUCAGGUCCUACUCUGAAAGUAUAUGGACAGAGGAGGCUAACUGCACCGUGCUGAACGCCACCAUUCUGUGGGACGUCAACUGUUCGUACCACUGUGGAGCCGAGUGCUGGAAGUCGUCCAGAUACCCGUGUCUGCAGGUCUACGUGAGCCUGCAGAAGAACGGCUCCAAUAGGAUCCUGCGCCUGCUGCACAACGAGGACACACACCAUGAAAACUCAGAGUGUUUCUACAUCCCAAAGUGUCACAAGGACUACUCCGCCACUCGAGAGCUGGUGCAGGACAUUUCCGACCGGCUGCGGACGCUUCAAUCUGUGCCGUGUUUUGUGGACCCCACAGAGAGGACGGAUAUGGCCAUACUUACCCAGAUCUACAGCCAGGGGGCGGUAUUCCACUCCCUCUUUUGGCCCACCUGCUCUUUGAUUGGGGGCUCAGUGCUCGUCGCCAUGGUCAAACUCACUCAGUACCUGGCCAUGCUGUGUGAAGGCCUCAGCAAGCUCAAGAUGUGA